GCGGCGUGUGCGCAGGCGCCGCAGCUGCAGCCAACUGAAGUAGCAAUGGACGCGCUAGAGUCGUUGUUGGACGAGGUGGCCCUGGAGGGGCUUGAUGGCCUGUGUCUGCCCGCGCUUUGGAGCCGUCUGGAGACACGAGUGCCGCCCUUCCCGCUGCCUUUGGAGCCCUACACACAGGAGUUUCUGUGGCAGGCCCUUGCCACGCAUCCGGGCAUCAGCUUCUACGAGGAGCCUCGGGAACGACCAGAUCUCCAGCUCCAGGACCGGUAUGAAGAAAUUGAUUUGGAAACGGGCAUUUUGGAGUCCCGGCGGGACCCGGUGUCUUUGGAGGACGUCUACCCCAUUCACAUGAUCUUAGAGAAUAAAGAUGGCAUCCAGGGUUCGUGCCGGUACUUCAAGGAGAGGAAAAACAUCACCAAGGAAAUCAGGACCAAGGCGUUACAGCCCCGAUGCACAAUGGUGGAGGCCUUUGGCAGGUGGGGGAAGAAACUGAUCAUCGUCGCCUCCCAGGACAUGCGGUACCGGGCCUUGAUCGGCCUGGAGGGCGACCCCGACCUGAAGCUCCCCGACUUCUCCUACUGCAUUUUGGAGCGGCUCGGCCGGUCCCGGUGGCAGGGCGAGCUCCAGCGAGACCUCCACAGCACCGCUUUCAAGGUUGAUGCUGGGAAGCUCCACUAUCACAGGAAAAUUCUGAACAAAAACGGGCUCAUUACGAUGCAGUCCCAUGUGAUCCGAUUACCCACGGGAACCCAGCAGCACUCGAUCCUCCUCCUCCUGAACCGGUUUCACAUGGACAGGAGGAGCAAAUACGACAUCCUCAUGGAGAAGCUUUCGGGUAUGCUGAGCACCCGGAGUAACCACAUAGAGACGUUGGGAAAGCUGAGGGAGGAACUGGGGCUGUGCGAGAGGACGUUUAAGCGCCUGUACCAGUACAUGCUGAACGCGGGGCUGGCGAAGGUGGUGUCGCUCCCCUUACAAGAGAUCCACCCUGAACGGGGACCGUGUAAGACCAAGAAAGGGACUGACGUCAUGGUGCGCUGCCUCCGGCUGCUGAAGGAGUUCAAGCGCAAGGUCGAAGACGACCAGGACGACGACGAGGACGAGGAGGCCAUCUCCAAGGUCGUGCCUCCGGUGGACAUUGUCUACGAGCGGGACAUGCUCACGCAGACCUACGAGCUCAUUGAGCGCCGAGGCACGAAGGGCAUUUCCCAAGCUGAAGUCCGGGUGGCUAUGAACGUGGGAAAACUGGAAGCCAGGAUGCUGUGCCGCCUUCUGCAGAGAUUCAAGAUCGUCAAGGGCUUCAUGGAGGACGAGGGGCGGCAGCGGACGACCAAGUACAUCUCCUGCGUGUUUGCAGAGGAGAGCGACCUGAGCCGGCAGUAUGAGAGGGAGAAGGCGCGGAGCGAGCUCCUGGCCACCGUGAGCCUGGCCUCCGUGCAAGAGGAGUCCCUGCUGCCCGAGGCGGAGGACGCUUUCCUCUCCGAGUCUGACAGCGAGGAGGAAGGCGGCCGUGGCCGCGGCAGGAGGAGAGGCAGAGGAUCGCAGGCGGACGGGAGGUCCUCCGCCAGCGGCGGUCUGGGGCCUCAUUCCCACCACUCCACGCCAACCAAGGGGGGGUGGAGCGUCGUCAGCCUCCACCCGUUGAGGAAGCAGCCGUCCUCCUCCCCAGGGGCUGCGGAGGAGAGAGCCUGCCGGAGCUCGGCUGCCAGGGACAGCCUCCUGGACCCCAGCAGCUCCUCGGACCCCAGCGUGUCCUUUGGCUCCCACUGCGUGGAGAGUCACAGAGGCGACAUCGCCGUGAUCGAAGAGGUCAGGCUGGAAAACCCCAAGGAGAGCGGCGGCUCCCAGAAGGCUGGGAAGCACGGCCCAGGCCAGGACAAGCCCCACGAGACCUACCGACUCCUGAAACGCAGGAAUCUGAUCAUAGAGGCUGUCACCAACCUCCGCUUAAUCGAGAGCUUGUUCACGAUUCAGAAGAUGAUCAUGGAUCAGGAGAAGCAGGAAGGCGUGUCCACCAAGUGCUGUAAGAAGUCCAUCGUCCGCUUGGUGCGGAACCUGUCGGAGGAGGGCCUCCUGAGGCUGUACCGGACCACGGUCAUCCAGGAUGGCAUCAAGAAGAAGGUGGACCUGGUAGUGCACCCAUCCAUGGACCAGAACGACCCUCUUGUGAGAAGCGCCAUCGAGCAGGUUCGGUUCCGGAUCUCCAACUCGAGCACCGCCAACAGGGUUAAAAUGUCCCAGCCUCCAGCGCCUCAAGGGGACCCCGAAGAAGGAAGUCAAGGCGGAAAGGGCCCGAGCGGGUCAGGAGACUGCCAGCCGAAUGCCUCCUCUACGCUGGAGGGUGGCCGGGUGAAAAGGAGCGAUAAGAAAAUGAAUGUACCCCACCUGAAAAAUUACAAGCCCGUCGUAGUUCCUGGACUCGGGCGUUCCCUUGGGUUUCUGCCCAAAAUGCCUCGCCUGCGGAUGGUCCACACGUUUCUGUGGUACCUGAUCUAUGGGCACCCGGCCAGCGACACGGUGGAGAACCUGUGCCACGGCAGUGAAAAGUGGACGAGGAAGCAGGAGCCGGGCAGGACGGGAGUCCCAGGCUCCUCAAGCGACCUGGAGGACUCCUCUGCUGCCCCAUCCAGUGACACCCCAGAUCGAGCCACCUGGGAGAGUGAAAUGGAGCUCUCCUCGGAGACGGUUUACGUGGACGAGGCCUCGUGGAUGCGCUACGUCCCUCCCGUCCCAGUCCACAGGGACUUUGGCUUCGGCUGGGCUCUGGUCAGCGACAUUCUCCUCUGCCUGCCCCUCUCCAUCUUCAUCCAGAUCGUGCAAGUCAGCUACAAGGUGGACAGACUGGACGAGUUCCUGAACGACCCCGUGAAGAAGCACACGCUGAUCCGCUUUCUCCCCCGGACCAUCCGGCAGCAGCUUCUCUACAAGAGACGCUACAUUUUCUCGGUGGUGGAGAGCCUCCAGAGGCUGUGCUACAUGGGGCUGCUCCAGUUCGGCCCCACGGAGAAGUUUCAGGAUAAAGAUCAGGUCUUCAUCUACCUGAAGAAGAAGGCGGUCAUCCUGGACACCACUAUCUGCGACCCGCAUUACAACCUGGCCCGCAGCAGCCGGCCCUUCGAGAGGCGUGUCUACGUCCUGAACUCCAUGCAGGACGUGGAGAACUACUGGUUCGACAUGCAGUGCGUCUGCCUCAAUACCCCACUAGGCGUGGUGCGCUGCCCGCGUGCCCCGAAGAACAGCGGCCCGGAUCAGAGCAGCGACGAGGAGGGCAGCCUGCAGAAGGAGCAGGAGCGCGCCGUGGACCGGCACAACCUGGAGCGCAAGUGUGCCAUGAUGGAAUACACCACGGGCAGCCGCGAGAUCGUGGACGAAGGCCUGAUCCCCGGCGACGGGCUGGGAGCUGCUGGGCUUGAUUCCAGUUUCUACGCGCACCUAAAGCGAAACUGGAUCUGGACCAGCUACAUCAUCAACAAGGCCAAAAGGUCGAACACGACAGAGAACGGGAUCACAGUGAGGCUCCAGACGUUUCUGUCCAAGCGCCCGCUGCCUCUCAGUGCCAGAGGCGGCAGCAGGUUGAACCUCUGGGGAGAGGCUCGGGCAGGAUUGGAGCUGCAUGCGGACCGGGAAGAGCAGGUGGAAGUUGACCGAGAGCCCACGCUGGACAGGAACCAGAGGGUGAAGGGCGGGAAAAACCAGAAGCGGAAACAGCUGAAGAAGGACCCCGAGAAGAAGACCAAGAGGAAGAAAAAAGAGGGACAGCUCCAAACCGGUUGUCAGAGGCACCCCCCUCCUCUCCCCAUCUUAGAAGAGCCCCCGGAGGAGAAAAUCAAGAGACCGCGUUACCACGAUGAGGCCGACCAGAGCGCCCUGCAGAGAAUGACCCGGCUGCGCGUCACGUGGUCCAUCCAGGAGGACGGGCUGAUCAUGCUCUGCCGCAUCGCCAGCAACAUCCUCAACCCCAAGGUGAAGGGCCCGUUCGUGCCCUGGCAGGUGGUGCGGGACAUCUUGCACUCGACCUUCGAAGAGUCCUUGGAUAAGACAUCUCAUUCCGUCGGACGAAGGGCUCGCUACAUCGUCAGGAACCCACAGGCCUACCUGAACUAUAAGGUUUGCCUCGCCGAGGUGUACCAGGACAAGGCGCUCAUCGGAGAGUUCAUGAACCGAAAAUGUAACUAUGAAGACCCAAAGGUUUGUGCCAGUGAGUUUAAAGAAUUUGUGGAGAAGCUCAAGGAAAAGUUCAGUUCGGCUCUAAAGAAUUCUAGCCUUGAGAUCCCAGACACACUCAAGGAGCUCUUUGCCAGAUACCGAGUUUUGAUGAUUGCUGACAAGAAAGAUCAAGUCAGGAAAGAGGAUAAACUUAACAGUGUGGACGACAUCCACUUCCUGGUGCUGCAGAAUCUGAUCCAGAGCACGCUGGCCCUCUCGGACAGACAGAUGGAGUACUGCCAGUCAUUUCAGACGUUCCGCCUGUACCGCGAGUACAAGGACCACGUCCUGGCCAAGGCCUUCAUGGAGUACCAGCGCCGGAGCCUGGUCAACCGGCGCCGGGUCAGCCACAUGCUGGGUCCCAAGAAAAACCGGGCUUUGCCCUUCGUGCCCAUGUCCUACCAGCUGUCCCAGGCCUACCACAGGAUUUUCACGUGGCGAUUUCCAAGCUCCAUCUGCACAGAGUCAUUCCAGUUCUUCGACAAGAUCCGGGCCGCCGGCAAGUGGGACCGGCCUGAUAAUUUUUCCUUCAAAGACCAGGAAAACCAGGACUCCCUGAGCGACCUGGUAGCAUUUUCUUUGGACGGCCCUGGAGGACACUGCGUGGCCACCCUGACCCUUUUCUCCUUGGGGCUCAUUGCCGUGGACGUCAGGAUCCCAGAGCAGAUCGUGGUGGUGGACAGCUCAUUGGUGGAGAACGAGGUCAUUAAGAGCCUGGGGAAGGACGGGGCCACAGAAGAGGAUGAGGACGAGGAGGAAGACCUGGACGAAGGCUCCGGGGCCAAGCGCCGGAGCAUCGAGGUGAAAGCCCCCCAGGCCUCCCACACCAACUACCUGCUGAUGCGGGGCUACUGCGCCCCCGGCAUCGUCAGCACCCGCAACCUCAACCCCAACGACAGCAUCGUGGUGAACUCCUGCCAGGUCAAGUUCUGGCUGCGCUCCACCCCUGCGUCCACCAGGCUCGGGCCCACCGCCACUCCUCUGGAAGAGCUGACGGUCGGCACCUCCUGCCUCCCUGACAUGUUCACCAGGCUGGUCAAGGUCCCCGAGGACACCUGCGGCUUGGAAGACUUCGCCCACCAGGUGGCGCUGUCCGGGUACAAACCCGGAGACGUGCUGGCCGCCCUGGAGAUCCAGGCGGCCAUCGCAGCGGCCGGUUGCUUUGGGGUGGACAAGGUGAGGCUGAGCAGGCAGUUCUCUGCCUUGGAGAAGACAGAUGCUGAGCGCACCAGGACCUUCUCCGACUACGUCCAGGACCUCUUGGAGCACCAGCAGGUGCUCGAAGUCGGUAGCAGCACCACCCGCCUGGUGACCAUGGCCUCUGCCCAGCCCUGGCUCCUCCGCUCGGUGCAGCUAAAAGGCAGAGAGGAGGACACAGACCCUCCAAGAGAAGACCCCCAGGCCAGACCCCUGGAGGGGCCUUCUGGCGAGGACGGCCCCUCUGAGAGGCAGGCAUCUCCUUCUCAGAGCCCCCGGGGUGCCAAGAGGCGCGCCAGCUGGGGCAACGCCGAUGCGGACAGCCAGGGUGGGGGGGCCGACCCCGAGAUCGCCCAGGUGCCCCCCUCAAAGAGGCCCGCGUGCCAUGACAUGCCCUGGGCCCCCAGCCCUGGGCCCAGAGGAGAAGAGGAGCCAGAAACCCUGGUGCCUACGCCACCCAUGGCUCCUGAGGACCCAGGCACAAGGGAGCCCCUGCCAGGGGUGUCGGAAGCUAGGCAGGAGGAUGUCGGGUUCCCCAGCUCCCCAGGCCGAGAGCAGCUUCUGGAGGGCCCUGAAGACCCCAGAGGUGUGGCGGACGGGUCUGCAGCCGGCAGCCUCUCCCAGGCAGGGCAGGAGAGGGACCCUGAGAACAUCUGCUUCAUCGGGCGCCCGUGGCGCAUCGUGGACGGCCGCCUGAACACGCCCGUGUGCAAGGGCAUGAUGGAGGCCGUGCUCUACCAGGUCAUGACCCGGCCCGGCAUCCCCGAGAGCUGUCUGCUGCAGCACUACCAGGGCGUCCUGCAGCCCCUCGCCGUGCUUGAGCUGCUCCAGGGCCUGGAAUUCCUGGGCUGCAUUAAAAAGCGCCUGCUGAGGAAGCCCCGGAGCGUGUCGCUCUUCUCCAAGCUGGCGGUCGAAGAGGUGGAGGCGCCCUCGAGCCUGAGCGAGAACCUCACAGUGUCCUACGAGCCCACGCUGGACUGCACCAUCCGCCUGGGCCGCGUCUUCCCCAGCGAGGCCAACUGGAACAAGUGGGUCCACCUCUGAGGCCCCCGUGGCCCUCGCGACCCGCCUGUCCCUCCGCCGACCCUGAGAGAGAGUGCGCUCUCCUGGGGGGCCUCUGCCCACUGUGGGGUGCAGCCUGGCGAGGUUGGGGUGCAAAGGGCCUGCCCAUGCCCGCCCACUGUACAGAGACCCUGAGCCCAGCCUGAGGCCUCAAAUGCUGUUUCCUGGCCCAGAACCUCCUGGAAGGAGGGCCACUUGCCCGCCUGCCCCCAGGCCCUUCCCGGGCUGGCCCAAGGGACCUCGCUUCGUCACCUCCUCCUGUUCCCGGGGCCUCAGCUGAGCUGCCCACCCAGCUCUCUGGAACCUGGGUUGUGGUGAGGUUGAGAAGCCCCCAGGGGGCCCGUCCUCCGAGGGCUUCCGAGCUGAGGCUGCCUUUCGGGAGCAGAGCCGCCAGCCCAGGCCUGGAGCCCUGUACGGACAUCUGCUGGCCGGCGAGGGGCUGGGAGCUCAGGCCGCGGGGCUCUGCCCCGUCCACACACACCUCGCCCUGCAGCUUCCAGCCACCCCACCGCGGAGGACCCCCCCUGCUCCCCAGAAAGCCCCUGUGCCCUGAGGGGCAGGGCCUCCCGGGGACGCGUCGCAGAAGGGGGCUGUGUGCCCGGCGGAACCCCUGCCCUCCGGGCGGGGCUGAGCCUGCCUGCAGGUCGCCCACAGGCCUCCCACCAGCUAAAAACGGGAAGUCCCUGGGUUUGUUUUGUUUUUUCAACCUUUUUCCUCAUUUAAAAAAAAAAUCCCCUGGCAUGUAU